GUAUGAGCAGUGACGCAGCGGCCAUUUUCCCGCUGGACGCUGCUUCCCAUUGUGGAUAGGAAGAACAAAACAGUCAAGCGAAACAUUACUGACGACUUACACUCACUUUCACUACAGAAGUGAUCAGUAACCGCCAUGGCUCGUACCAAGCAGACCGCCCGUAAGUCCACUGGAGGCAAAGCUCCACGUAAGCAGCUGGCCACAAAGGCAGCGCGUAAGAGUGCCCCUUCCACUGGUGGGGUUAAGAAGCCCCAUCGUUACAGGCCUGGUACUGUGGCUCUGCGUGAGAUCCGUCGUUAUCAGAAGUCCACUGAGCUGCUGAUCCGUAAGCUGCCCUUCCAGCGUCUGGUGAGAGAGAUCGCCCAGGACUUCAAAACCGACCUGCGUUUCCAGAGCGCGGCCAUUGGAGCCCUGCAGGAGGCCAGUGAGGCUUACCUUGUGGGUCUGUUUGAGGACACCAACCUGUGCGCCAUCCACGCCAAGCGUGUCACCAUCAUGCCCAAAGACAUCCAGCUGGCACGUCGCAUCCGCGGAGAGCGUGCCUAAAACACUUUCUCUUCGUCUUCACCUCUGUUCCUUCCCUUCCUUCCUUUACUAUUCUGUCUUUCCGUCCCUCCGACCUUCACAAGCCGCCUCACCCCCUCUUUCCCCUCUCCCUUCCCUGUGUUAGUAGUGUGUAGAGGAAAGCUGA